AACAGAGUCCGUUCAGGCCACAGGAGUUGCAUUUACUGCAAAACAUGACCUUUACAAUUCUUGAUCGUUUUUCGCAGAUGGGUGUCUCUUUAAACUCGUCAUGUACCUCGGCCCAGCCCAUUUCUUUUUUUUCCUUUAUUUUUAUCGCUAUGUACCCCUUGAGAAUCAUCUCACGAAGCUCUGGAGGGAGGUUUUGAAUGGCCUCGGAAAGUCCAUAGGAAGACAUGUGCCUUGCGUUAUAACCGAAGGUUACAUUUCUCUAACCGGUGUUUUAUUUCUUGCAGCUCGAGCAAAACAAGCUGAAAAGCUUUUUUCGCUUUUUCUUGUUUGCGGUAAAGCCGCUUUUUAGCGCGCCCCUGCGGGUUGAAGUGAAGGUGGGGUUCGCAACGUUGGAAGAGCGGCUGCGGUUCAUGUCGACGGUGCGGCUGGGGUGGUGGGGUCGAGGCAUUUGAACAGAGGGGAGUUAAGUGAACUUAUGGCGAGUUACAAGCAAGUUCCGGCAUCGUAUCAAGAGCUCUACGAGUUGCAGGUUGAAAGGGAAAACAACCCGCAAACCGACGGUGAUGAGAUAAAAAAGAUCAGAAAAAUGACGUGUUUCUUCGCAGACGUAAUGAGAGAAGAAAUCGGGGCUCUUUGUGAAAACGACGAAGAAGACAGAACAGAACUCAACAAGUGGCGCCAGCUGAGAGAGGCGAUGAAAGAAACCACAAACUGGGAACGGGUUGCAAGAAAAAUCAAAGACGACAUUCAAGACGCGUUUGAAGGGAUUGAAAGAGAAGACGACCCUGAAUACCCGAAAUUCUUGAACGGGUUUCUUUUAAAAGGUGUGAAAGGCACGGUAGAUAAACGCCACAGGUGGCAUCCAAGUCUUGAGUCUUACGAACAGCUUCGCGACGAACUCAAGCAAGAAGAAAACCUGCUCCCUUUUGCAGAGUAUUUCGUCAGAAGCCUGGACGAAGGGUUUGCGCGUUACAAUGAAUACAAAGACAAAGGAUUUAGCAAAACGUUCAAGCUUGGAUGGUUUACAGCGCACUGGGCGAAUGAAAACGGGCUAGCGCGCCCCCGCCGCACUGGCGGCACAGUCGGUAGUCGCAUAGAAGACCUAUCCCGCAGCCUCUGCAUGGCUCCGGCUCUUUCAUUCCUUUUUUCAGCUGAUAGUUGUGCUGGCCGCAGUACGCCCCGUAACAGCGCUUUCCGCAGCUUUCUUUCCGGUAGAACAUUUGCAGAACAUCGGACGAGUAUCUUGCGGCAGCCAUGUCGGCGCAGUAUGCACUGAGCGUGCGCU